UCCGUGCGUGGUUUCAAUGUGAAUGCAGAUGGAAGACAGUUUUGAUUAAUCAUGUCUGUGUUCUUUUUGGAUAAAUAUAUUAUUGUGAUUAGUAUCUUUCAAAGUAUGUGUUAAAUCGAGUGUUAAAACUUAAGGGAAUUGGGAAGGCUCUUAGAUAAGAAAUGCAAAUGUUAUUUGCAUUUGUAGAAGGACUUCUUUUUCAAACAGUGCUGGCGAUGUGUCCGGAGUCCGAUCACUGGGGAGGAUGGUGGGGGUACGAUGGAUAUUCUUCUGGUCCACCACGAUGGGGCGACAACGAAGACUGGACGAUUUGCAAAACUGGGAAACACCAGUCGCCGAUUAAUAUAGAGCCUCAAACGUUACUGUAUGAUCCUAAUUUGCAACCGCUUAAACUUGAGGCCGCGGCGAUCAGUGGGCUUUUCCGAAAUAAUAAGAAGGAUCUAACCUUCCUGGUGAACCGACACGGCUUUGGCGUGAACAUUUCUUCCGGUCCACUUUCUUACCGGUAUCGCCUUUACCAGAUAAAGCUCCACUUUGGCAGGCAAAACCAAACCGGCUCCGAACAUACAGUAGACGGGCGCGGAUUUGAUGGAGAGCUUCACUUCAUGGCGUAUAAUACCGAAUUAUAUGCAAAUUACACUGAGGCCCAAGUGAGUCCUCGGGGAAUAGCAAUAUUGGCGGUAUUUUUAACUACAGGCGAACACGACAAUGCGGCGUUUAAGACGUUACAGGAACGUUUUUUCAUAAUCGACAAGCCAGACUCAUGCACGGACAUAGAAAACUUCCCGUUGGCUGAUUUGCUUCCCGAAUCUACCGAUCAUUUUAUCACAUACAGUGGAUCACUUACCCAGCCAGGAUGCAGAGAGACAGUGCAAUGGGUCAUAAUUAAUAAACCCAUUUAUAUAUCACAACAGCAGUUAAAUGACUUGCGCAAUAUUCCCUAUCAAGAAUGGAUGGAUUCAAAUACUAGACCCGUGAUGCCUUUAAACAAUAGAAAUGUACGAACUAAUAUCAACUUUAGAAAAAGAAGUAGACUGUGUUCUAUGGAUGUCUCCAAAAAGUACCAAGUAAAUGCAGAGCUGUGGCGAAGAUAGGAUUUAUAUGGGGAUCUGUAAAACCCUCCAAUACCAUUUAGAAAGUCUGCAUUGCAAAAUAAACAAUAAUCAGCAAACAUAUGUAGUGUCGUAUGAUUACAAUGAACAAUAUGUGGACAUUGGCACUCUCGGAAAAGCAUUCUGUUAUGAAUGGUGAUAAAUCGGUGUCCUUUUGAAACAAUGAAAUGUUAAAAUAUGAAGCUGUAAUUUACUUUCUUUGAAUAGUUAUUGUAUUUGCUGAUUAUUUUAUUUUUUGUCAACCAACACAUGCUUUUGUAUUAAGUAUAGAUUGUGUACGGGGUGACUCUUAAUGACAAAGUGGUGCUUUAUUACAGUAAGAGUUACAUGCAAUUAAUGUGUAUCGUUUCAAUAAUAGUUAAAAUGGUUAAAAAUGUUAACUUAAAUAUAUUUUAGGUUUUGAUAGAUAUUACAUACUGUUUACAUGUUUUAUUUACCGAAAUGUUGCUGUUAAUUGUAUUUGUAGUUGCCUACUACGUUUAUAUUACAUUUUCGACGUUGUAACGAUGAACAUUGUUGUAUUUGUUU